GUAAGUGUUUUGAAAGUUUAAGAGAGAGAGAGAGAGAAGCCUUUUGAGGGGUGUUUUUCUAAGAAAAUGGCGGGCGUUGUACCCCGCCUGGUUAUUUGCUCAAAUUCCCGCCCUUCUCUCUCUUUUAUCUCUAAGCUUAGUCGUGAAACUCGAAAUCUUUGUCAUUUUAGCAUGAGGAGGUUCACCAUUGCUGGAAUUGCUCUUUUACCUCUCAUCUUUUCAUAUUAUCCUCUUGAGAAUUACUCUAGGGCAAAAGUAGAUGAAUUGGAGGAGGACGAAGAAAGAUCAGUUCGCUUAUUUCAGGACACAACAGCUUCUGUGGUUUCAAUUCAAAAUGUGGAAGUUUCAAACCCCAAGAAUGGUGACCAAUCAUCCUUAAACAAAGAUGAAAAUGAAAGAGUUGAAGGCACAGGUUCAGGCUUUGUCUGGGACAAGAUGGGGCACAUUGUAACUAAUUACCAUGUUGUGUCUAAGUUGGCCACGGACUCAGAAGGUCUUCAACGGUGUAAGGUCUUUCUCUUAGAUGAGGAUGCCAAAGUGAUUGUCAAGGAAGGAAAGCUUAUUGGAUUUGAUGCUGCAUACGAUCUUGCAGUUCUCAAGGUUGAUGUAGAUGGUGACGAGCUAAAACCUGCACUUAUUGGUAGCUCUCAUGACUUGCGGGUGGGGCAGAGAUGCCUUGCAAUUGGGAAUCCUUUUGGAUAUGAGCACACUCUAACUACAGGGGUUGUUAGUGGGCUAGGCAGGGAAAUACCCUCACCAAGCGGACGGCCUAUUCGCGGAGCAAUACAAACAGAUGCAGCCAUCAAUGCGGGAAACUCGGGAGGGCCUUUGAUUGAUUCUUAUGGACAUGUUAUUGGAGUCAAUACUGCUACUUUCACACGUAGAGGGACUGGGAUGUCUUCUGGAGUCAACUUUGCAAUACCCAUUGACCUUGUCAGGCAAACUGUGCCUUACCUGAUUGUUUAUGGAACAUCUCUAAGUAACAGCCCAGAUCAUAACCUUCGUUUCAUUCCUGGCCGUCCAUUCUCCGUAUUAAAGUGUGGAUCCGCGCCUCCACCGGCCCUCGACAUUUUAGAAGCUCCUGGAAGGCCAUCUCAUAAUCCUAUAAGUACUCUCUUCCGCUCUCUGAAAACCCAUCAGCACAGUUCCUUUUUUAGAGAGAGAAAGCUAGCUGUGGGUUUUUAGGAGUUUUUUUUUAGAGAGGGAAGGAAAUGGGGGGCGAGGUGGUUCUGCUGGAUUUCUGGGCAAGCCCUUUCGGCAUGAGAGCGAGGAUUGCCCUUGCAGAGAAAGGCGUGAAAUACGAGUACAGAGAGGAGAACCUGGCUAAUAAGGGUGAGCUAUUGUUGAAGAGUAACCCUGUUUACAAGAAGAUCCCUGUGCUUAUUCAUGACGGUAAGAGUUUAUCAGAGUCUUUGAUAAUAGUGCAGUACAUUGAUGAGGUCUGGAAGAACCCGCCAUUGUUGCCUGAAGACGCAUAUGAGCGAGCUGUUGCCAGGUUCUGGGCUGAUUUUGCUGACAAGAAGCUGUACGACAGCGGGACCAAGAUAUGGAAAAGCAAGGGCGAGGCUCAGGCCUCGGCGGUGAAAGAAUUCAUUGAAAACCUGAAGAUCUUGGAGGGCGCCUUGGGUGACGAGCCCUUCUUUGGAGGGGAAAAAUUAGGGUUUGUGGACGUUAUGGUGGUGCCUUUUGUUUGCUGGUUCCAUGCGUACGAGGUCCAUGGUGGAUUCAGUGUUGCAGCUGAAUGCCCCAAAAUUGAUGCUUGGGCCAAGCGUUGCAUGGAGAGGGAGAGUGUUUCCAAGGCUUUGCAGGACCCUGAGAAGAUCCUGGAGUUUGUGGGGUUUCUCAAGAAGAAAUAUGGGGUUGAGUAGAGAGAGAGAGAGACAGAGUGGUUGCAUGCGACUUUUAGUAAUAUAAUGGCAGCAACGUCACGUCGUGUUGUGUUGUGGGAAAGGUUUCUGAGAGAGAGAGAGUCGGUAGGUAAGAGUGUGAGGACAAUGUGUUUACUCUUAGUUUUUUUUGGGAAAGGUUUUAGAGAGAUAUGAAUAUCGAUGCGAAGUUGUAGUACUUUGAUGCGUUUUCUGUAACGCCUAGUAGCUUUAUGAAACCAAAGGGGUUCCAUCUGUCUGGGACUUGGAACUUUGUAUUCGAAGAUGCGCUUUAUCUUUGAUUAUUCUAUACAAACUUAAUUUGAUUGA